ACGCAUUCGAGGGUCGUUCAGUAGAGGUUAAAACUUCAUCGCAGUGAGAACAUAAUCGACAUCGUCCGCAGUACCGUCGCAGUUUACAUUCUCCUUUGAAUCUGACCCCAGUGAUCUUCGAACUCCAUAGCAACAAUAUGCCGACCUACCACAAACCAGAAGCUAAAACCAUCCAGGAGCUGAAGGAUAUUGCCCACAAGCUGCGUAUCGAUUCGAUUAACGCAACGCAAGCGUCAAAAUCUGGCCAUCCAACGUCAUGUGCUUCCAUUGCGGAAAUCAUGUCGGUGUUGUUCUUCAACACGAUGCGGUAUAAACUCUCUGCUCCACGUGAUGCUUCUUCGGAUCGGUUCAUCCUGUCGAAGGGCCAUGCGGCGCCGAUCCUGUAUGCGGCCUGGGCCGAGGCAGGUUUGUUCCCGGUGGAGGAUCUGAUGAACCUGCGCAAGAUCGAUUCGGAUCUCGAAGGUCAUCCAACGCCCAGACUAAACUUCAUCGACGUUGGCACCGGUUCGCUCGGUCAGGGUGUAGCCGUUGCGUGCGGUAUGGCGUACGUAGGCAAAAACCUCGAUAAAGCCGAUUACCGUACGUACGUACUGGUCGGUGACGGUGAAUCGGCCGAAGGUUCGAUCUGGGAAUCGUUGCACUUCGCCGGUUACUACAAACUGAACAACCUGUGCGUCAUCUUCGACGUGAACCGAUUGGGACAGUCGGAGGCGACCUCGCUGCAGCAUCAGAUGGAGGUGUACCGCAAGCGGUUGGAUGCGUUCGGAUUCAAUGCCAUGGUCGUCGACGGGCACGACGUGGAGGAACUUUGCAAGGCAUUCUUCGAAGCUGCUUCGACAACCGAUCGACCCACCGCAAUCAUUGCCAAAACGUUCAAGGGCAAACAUUUCCCCAACAUUGAGGAUCUGGAGAACUGGCACGGAAAGCCGCUUGGUGAUGCGGCCGCCGGUGUUGUGGCGCAUCUGCAAAAGUUGAUUCGCAACCCGGGCCCAAUUGCCCUGGCGCCACCGUCUCCACAAAAGGAGAACGCUCCAAAGGUGAGCAUUAAAGGCAUCGAACUUGCCACACCGCCCGCGUAUCAAAAGGGCGAGCAGAUUGCUACGCGAUUGGCUUACGGUACCGCACUGGCCAAGAUCGCGAUGAACAACGAUCGCGUGAUUGCGCUGGACGGUGACACGAAGAACUCGACCUACUCGGACAAGCUGCGCAAAGCGUUCCCGGAACGAUUCAUCGAGUGUUUCAUUGCGGAGCAAAAUUUGGUCGGUGUUGCGAUUGGUGCCGCUUGCCGCGAUCGUACCGUUGCUUUCGUCUCUACCUUUGCCACGUUUUUCACGCGUGCUUUCGAUCAGAUUCGGAUGGGUGCGAUCUCGCAGACAAAUGUCAAUUUUGUCGGUUCGCAUUGUGGUGUAAGCAUCGGUGAGGAUGGUCCGAGCCAGAUGGGCCUGGAAGACAUUGCCAUGUUCCGUGCGAUCCCGGGCAGCACCGUUUUCUAUCCGUCGGAUGCAGUCAGUACCGAGCGUGCAGUCGAAAUGGCUGCCAACACACCGGGCGUGUGCUUUAUCCGUACGUCGCGUCCGAAUACUGCCGUCAUCUACGAGAACAAUGAGAAGUUUGAGAUUGGAAAAUGCAAGGUCGUGAAGCAGAAUGCAAACGACUCGGUAUUGCUCAUCGGUGCUGGUAUUACGCUGUAUGAGGCGCUCAAGGCAGCCGAAGAACUGGAGAAGAGCGGUAUUCACUGUCGCGUGAUCGAUCCAUUCACCGUUAAGCCCUUGGACAAGGAAGGAAUCAUCCAGCAUGGUGCCCAGUGUGGUGGUCGUGUCGUGGUUGUAGAGGAUCAUUACAAGCAAGGAGGUCUGGGUGAAGCGGUGCUGUCCGCACUCGCCGAACAGAGAAAUUUUGUCGUGAAGCAUCUGGGUGUGGACAAGCUGCCCCGUUCCGGUCCGCCCUCCGUACUCGUGGAUAUGUUUGGCGUUUCGGCACGUUCCGUUGCGGCCGCAGUACAAGACAUCAUCAAGAUGUAAAAACACAACCCAGCCACAACUAAACGAGUACAAGCGUGUUCAGGCACAUGCGCUGGAAUCUUGCCGAUCAUGUUGAUCGUGGUUCUUUUGAUUUAUUAAUUUGCUUUUCGGUUUUACCUAUCUGCUUCAUUGUUUUGUUUUUUUCUUUCAACUUUGCUUCCUUCGGAAUGUGGGUGCUUUUUAGGGGGUUUCGAAUACAUAAUACGAGAAUUGCUAUGAGUAACAAGGUUACUGCUGUUAAUCCUCUCUAAAUUUCCAGUGUCAUACAUUGUAGAUUGUACUGACCAAUCAUAUCCGGUAAGGGGGAGAUCGUUGUUUAUUGAGAGCAGUUGCGCGAAAUAUAUUCAUUCGAAGAAAUGGAACAA